CUCCUCCGGCGUCUGCGGGGCUCCGUGCGGCCGCCCGCGAGCGCUGAGGCCAGCACCCCGCGCCCCGCGCCCGCGCCCGCACCCCGCGCCAGCCCUGGCGGCUCCCCCCGGGAUCCCCUCCGAGGCGUCCGAGCCGGCCCGAGCCGCGGGCGCCUCCCCGCCGCCUCCUCCCCUCCGAGGUCGCUCGGGUCCCCCAGCUCGGCCCCGCGCGCCCCGAGCGCAGCCCCCGGAAGUGCGCGCCGCGGCCCCGGCGGCCCCGGAGAAGAGCCUGAGAAUCCAACUGAGGCCAACCAAGUUUCAGAACCUCUACUGCUUGGCACCAACAUCACCAGGGAUGAACUAUUUUUGCCAGAUAAUCCUCUGUCCCUGACAGCACGUCUCUCCCCAGAAAAUCCCGAGCGAGCCGCUCUGUACUUCGUCUCCGGCGUGUGCCUCGGGCUGGUGCUCACGCUGGCGGCCCUGGUGACGAGGCUCUCCUGCCGCACCGACUGCCGGCGGCGUCCCCGCAAGAAGUUCCUGCAGGACCGGGGGAGCAGCAGCGACGGCAGCGACAGCGAGGAUGGCAGCUCAGACACCGCGUCCGACAUCUCGGUCCGGAGACACCGCCGCUUCGAAAGGACUUUGAACAAGAACGUGUUCACCUCGGCCGAGGAGCUGGAGCGCGCGCAGCGGCUGGAGGAGCGGGAGCGCAUCAUCCGGGAGAUCUGGAUGAACGGCCAGCCCGACGGCCCCGGCACCAGGAGCCUGAACCGCUACUACUAGCGGCGCCGGGCCCCGGCCAGGCUCCGCAGGGGGUGGGCGUCCGUCGGCUGAACGCGCUUCUGCUGAAGGCCUGGGAGCAGAGCUACUUUUCCAGCCGGGAGGACUGAGCUUCCCUUUCCGACUGAGUGUAUGCAGAAGGAGAAAACCCAAGUCAGUUCAUCAACCUUUCCAGGUCGUGGAAUGGUGCUGCAAACCCCUCUCCAACCACGUGGAGGGAGAACUAGAGAAACGGGACUGUGGUUUCUCUUGAUUUCUGAGGAUCUCAGAAGUUUCUGCAGACUUCCUUGCUGUGUUGUUAUUCCUUUACAAAAGGAAGAGUAUCAUGGCAUGAGGGCUAGGAAUAGCAGGGUGAACUUAACCCAGUAAAUGCGAUUUUCUAAACGACCCCAUGCUACGGAGGUGAUUCUCAUCCGGCUAGCAUGAUUUAUGAUUAUUAUUUAAGGCUGAUUUUUGGCGAUCUUGUGUUGCAAUGGCAACCUUGUCCAUUUUAACUGGCACCUCAGGGAUUAAAAUCCUAUUUUUUAGUAUAGUUCCCACCUCAUUCGUGAAAAAUGGGUAGAAUUAAUGUAUUAUGGGAGAUGUGUCAGUGAGCUAGAAAAUAUCAAUAACCUCAAAGGAUGAAGGGUUUUAUUUUAAAUAGUUUAUAAAAGAUAUAUUAACACGCAUAUCUGAAGAUGCUGCAUAAGAAUAAAAAUUGUUUUCACCCCUUUCGGAAAGAAGAAAUUUUGUUAUGACUCUAGAUAAUUAUGAUUUUAAACAUUUUGUUUUUUUUUUUUAAAGUUUGGAUUUCCAAGAAAAGAAUGGGAAUGGGAGACGAGGAAUAAAGCCAAAAUUAGGAUGAGAUUUAAAAAAUAAUAAACAUUACAUAAAAUA